ACUUAAGCCGUCAGCAGUCUUGGAAGUGGCUUUGGUGAGAGUGGUUCAAAGCAGCAGUGAGCACGCCGUUAACGUCGUCGGAAAUUCGAUCUUCUUGUGAUUUGCGGCUCUAUAAAGCAGACACAACAAAACAGACGUGACCCAAGAUGAAGCCCCUGCUGAGCAUAGCCCUAGUGCUCAGCGUACUGAUCGGUCCCAUCAUCACACUGCCAAAUGGUGCUCCGGUGAGCGUGUGCAACACGAUGCUUCCAUUCCACGGAGGUGGCAUUCCUCCACUGACGACCACUUCACCAUUCCGGAUAACACCGGUCACAUCGGUGGUCGGUAGCGGCCAGGAGCUGCAGGUCGAAAUCGAAUCCUUCCCCGCCAAUGUUGUGUUCAAGGGCUUCAUGAUUCAGGCCCGCAAUCGUUUCCCACCGAAUGAAGUGCUCGGCCAGUUCGAGUUGACUGACGAGAGUGCCGUCAAACUGAUCAACUGCGGCGGAGAAGCUAAUACCGCCACCCACACGAACACGCAGACCAAAAAGGAUCUGGCUCUGGAGUGGAUCGCUCCGGCCGGCUUCAAGGGGGAAGUUGUGUUCAACGCAACCAUUGCUCAGGAUUAUGAUAAGUUUUGGGUCGGGAUUGAAUCUACGCCGGUUAAGGUAGUAGAAAGCGGCCAAAGUCCUCCAUCUGUGGUGGGAAUCUCCACAACGAGACAACCUCCAACAACUACCACUGUGCCACCGUAUGUUGCACCCAAGGCUGUUUCGGCUGACACUACCGACCCAAUCUACCAAGGCUGUGGCGAAAACAAGGGCUGCUUCGGAUUCCCGGAGGGAUGUGUAGAAACCCGUAACUGCCGUGCAGUUGUCGCCACCGUUGUGGAGGGCGAGCGAUAUAUUUUUGAAAUGAAAUCUGGUUUCAAUCGUCCAGCGUACGUUGCCGUAGGUUUAUCCAACGAUGCAAAAAUGGGAGACGAUUCAGUUAUUGAAUGUGUCCCCGAGCAGGGAACCGUUAAUGCCUAUGCUUCCUGGACGUUCGCCGGUCCAUAUGGUGUAUCUCGCCAGGGUAUUGCUCAGAACUUUUUCCGAUUGCUGGAGAAAUCUUACGUUGAUGGCAUGAUCCAUUGUAAGGUUGAACGUGACGCCGUUUCUACCGUGAAGGGACAGAAAUUCGAUAUGAUCAAUGAAAAGUAUCAUUUGCUGCUGGCUACGGGAUCUCAAGCUGAUUCGACUCACGUGUCCUAUCACGAUAUCGGUCGUCACGUAUCGGGAGCUCCACUAGCUUUGGCAGAAGUCGGUCCAGUACAGGGAAUGUCCAAACUGCUGCUACGUCUGCAUGGAGCUUUCAUGUUGACCGCAUGGAUCGGCACGGCCUCGCUGGGAAUUCUCUUAGCUCGCUACUUCCGUCAAACCUGGGUCGGCAGCCAGCUGUGCGGAAAGGAUCAAUGGUUUGCUUGGCACAGAUUCCUGAUGGUUCUGACCUGGGUGCUGACCAUGGCUGGAUUUGUUAUCAUUUUCGUGGAAAUUGGAGGCUGGUCUCAGGUUGAUAACCCACAUGCUAUCCUGGGAAUGGUAACUACAGUGCUGUGCUUCCUGCAACCGAUCGGUGCCUUUUUCCGGCCACAUCCCGGUACCAAGCGGCGGCCACUGUUCAACUGGCUGCACUGGCUGGUUGGAAACUUGGCUCACAUCAUCGCAAUCGUUGCCAUAUUCUUCGCCGUUAAACUGCAGAAGGCUGAGCUUCCAGAAUGGUUGGACUUCAUUCUGGUGGCGUUCGUGGCAUUCCACGUGUUUAUGCAUUUGAUCUUCUCCAUUUUCUCCUGGAUACAGAUCGGUGGCUGCGUCAGUGAACGGCGAAACAGCCAACGUGUGACGUCCUUCCCGAUGGCAGAUAUGACUCCAUCGCGAAACUCGAUGAGUUCCAUGGAUCGCAAGCAGGAUGCAGCUUUCUCCGGCUUCCGGAAGGUUAUGCUGUUCUUCUACAUUCUCAUAAUUUUGGCCUUUGUGGUGGCUCUGGUUGUCAUCACGGUGCUUGCUCCGAUCGAGGAUACCGUCGAGAGCAUAAAGAAGCAGAUCAUGAACUAAGCUCGAGCCCCAUACCACGGAGUCCAGCCGACGGAGACCAGUAUACCUUUGAUUGUUGAAUAUUUGUGCUAAUUUAAGGAGUACCGUCCCGGGAGAAGGAAAUACGUCGUAACAUAAAAAUGUGGCGCACAGUGCCGCUAUUUCUGUACAUUUCAAUUACCCUUGAUUCAGCAUUCUCUUGUAGAUAAGUGUGUAUAGUUCAGUAAUUAUUCGUAGCUAUCGAUUGUAGAGCCCCAGCUCUAGGGAUACAGAAUGCGAAACAGUAAUCAGUGGACAUCGAAUGAGAGGGGUUCGAGUUAUUUUCGUCCCCGUUGUAUAGUGAAUGCGGUAAUGCGCCAGAAGCAGUCUAGUAAUUAAUUAACAGAAGCAGUCAGAAGUGUGCCAUCUUGCACCAAACGAGAAAUUUUUGAAACCAGUCCCCACCAAUCACUUCAGGGAACCAGUAUUUACUGCGAGAUGGGACAUUGCUGACUCAAUUUAAUAUAAAUGUUUUUCUCUUCGUAUUAUUAUGUAUUUUAAAUAAUUUGUAUGUUAACGAAACUCAGCCAGGCUACCUUAUUGGUAACCUAUAAGAAAAGAAUCGAAAAAUAACAAGUCGUAUUUGCGAAGACACCAUUUCAUGAAUUAGAAACAAUCGUACAUUAAGAUUCAAAAGACAAGUUUAAAAUAAAUGUUGCCAUCCGU